AUGUCGGCGUCCUCUCUUCGAUCAUUUGAGUACCUGGAGGGUCUUCCAGGUACUACAUUUAACCGCCUAUACAAGCAGCCCUCCACUGCGCUCGCCAUCUUCAGGCGCAUGCUGCCACAUUUGGCCAAGAGCUUUGUAAUGGCCCUGCUGUACAUUAGCCACCCUAUGCCAGUCACAGAUCUGGAGGCAUGGGUGCGCCCAGAUGGGAGACGAGAACGAGAUAACGCGGUCAAUCUUCUUGAAAGACUCCACAUUCUAGCGGCUGCAACGAACCCAGGGAAGCCGCGAGCAUACGCUCUGACGAACCCGUUUGCGGCGUCUCUACGGCUUGCGUUGACAGGAGGUGGAAAUCAUCAUUCAUUUGGGGUACCAUAUAGCACGUCAGAGGAAGAUACUAUGUCGAUAGCAGACCUCGAUGAGUUUGCUAGAAGACAGUGGGAAGGCGUUCUGGGAUACAUGGUUGGCAGCACGGGCAUGAAUGUCGCAAGUGAAGGGGUCACGCUCAGUCAAGGAGUCAAGAUACUAUUGGCAUCUGGCAGACUGGUUGAAGCCAGGGGCAAGACGGUGGAUAUUACAAAAGAUGGCUUUGCGUUCAUACUCCAAGAAGUCAAUGCUCAGGUCUGGACGAUGCUCAUACUCUAUUUGCAAAAUGCGGAAAGCCUGAACAUGGAUGAAGUCGACGUCCUCGCUUUCCUUUUCAUGCUCGGCUCCCUUGAACUUGGCCUUCCCUACAGUAAAGCCAAUCUCACGCAGACUCAAGCCAAUAUGCUGGAGGAUCUUGGUGAUUUCGGCAUCGUCUACCAAGCCUCUCCUGACUCCAGCUACUUCUACCCAACUCGUUUGGCCACCACCCUCACCUCCGACGCCGGUGGCUUACGGUCUUCUUCCUUCGCCUCCCCCGCAGACAACAAUCGGGGCUUCAUCGUAAUCGAAACCAACUACCGUGUUUACGCCUACACCUCUUCCAAUCUCCAAAUCGCCAUCCUCCAGCUUUUCGCCCGCCUCAUAACUCGCUAUCCCAACAUGGUCGCUGGGAAAGUAACCCGCGAAUCCAUCCGCCGAGCUGUCAGCAUGGGCAUCACAAGCGACCAAAUAAUUAGCUACCUUACUACUCAUGCGCAUCCUCAGAUGGCAAAGAAUCAGCCCGUCCUCCCGCCUACGGUGGUCGAUCAAAUACGUCUAUGGCAAUUGGAAGGGGAUAGAAUGAAAGCGACGGUUGGGUUUCUGUUCAAAGACUUCAAUAGCCAGGCGGAGUUCCAAGCACCUUGUCGGUAUGCGGAGGAGAUCGGUGUCUUGGUGUGGAAGCAUGAGGGGCAGAGGAAGUUCUUCGUCACGAGGCAUGAGCAGGUGGCUGCUUAUUUGAGAAACAAGUCCGGGAAAGGAGGAUGA